AUUAUGUACCUACAUACAUAUGUACAGGAGCCUUACGGAACGUACCGUGGGGCUGCUGGAUAACGGACGACGGUCGCCAAAAGAGCCGCGAUGAACAAUGAAAGUUCACACUAUUUACGCCAGCCUCUAGAAACCACCACUCCACCACUUAAAGCACAGCAGCCCUUUUGGUUGCUUUGAUCGCCGCCGCGCUUCACGAUAUAGCGCAUACUUGGAUGCUUUGCAGGGGGGAACAUCCCCUCGCAUUGACUUCUCCUUGGCCGGGGAGCUUUCGAUCCUUAAGGCUUAUGUACAGAUUACAAUACCAAUCAAUAUACGCUCGCUUAUAGCUCUGAUGUAUUUCUUCGCUUGACGAGGCACGAUGGGAAUCGGCACGACGUUCCCUUAUUUUGAAGGACAGCAAAGCCCGGAAUACGAUAUACAAUGGAGAACACACCUCCAGCUCACAUGCAAAGCCAGAAUGCGUCAUCGCCCGAUAUAGCAACAGGAGCACGCAAAAGGAGUGGUUCUGGGGGGAGCAUCCUCUCCAAGUUCCCCUUUUUGCGCACGUCGGAUAGCAAAGCUGGUCUCAACGAAUCGCGCCAUGCCGAGAAUUCCCAAGACCCUUCUAGUAAACCACCCCGCGCCCUUGCUGCUACUUUCCAACAACAAAAGACUCGCAGGCGCAAAGGAUCGCUUCGCAAAGUUGCCCUGUUAGGUCGCGGCGCGGCGCGAGAAAAGCGGGAGCUCAAGCCUCUUGCCAUCGAUACAUCACAUACCGCCCAGUCGCAAUCAUCCCCCGACCCAAUUACCACUCCCAAACCGCAAAUCAUGCCGGCAAACGAGAGUCUGGGCUUAGGCAUCUCCGAUCUGACGCCGCGACCAUCUAUGGACGGCUAUGCUACGAGAGAUAGCCUGUUGAUGUCUUCACCACAAUCCCCCGAUACCGAAUCGCACCUCACGAGCCCUACCAUAUCGUAUACUUCUACCACGGACGAGGAGGAUAUCCUUUCGAUACCUAUCCGCGUCCCCUCGCCUCUCCGUCCGGAGCUCUCCCCGGUAUCGUCCGGCUCCGACUCCUACUUCCAAAACCGCGCGCCCUCUCUCCAGCGGCGGCGCUCGAUCAAACAUGCCAAAUCGCCCUUGUCGCUCCAAGGCCUGACAGCCAGCCCGCUUCCCACGGCGCACGAAAACCACGAUUACAGCGAGACGGAGUGGUGGGGAUGGGUCGUGCUGAUCGUGACGUGGUUCGUGUUUGUGAUAGGCAUGGGUUCCUGCUUAAACGUCUGGAGCUGGGCCUGGGAUGUAGGAACGACACCGUAUGCGCCGCCGGAGCUCGAGGAUGACCCAACGCUGCCUAUAGUCGGGUAUUACCCGGCGCUGAUCAUAUUGACUUGUAUCAUGGCUUGGGUAUGGGUCGUAGUGGCGUGGAUAGGCAUGAAAUACUUUAGACAUGCCAAAAUAAGCGGCGAUUGACCCAUCGAGCGUCAUAGUUUGCUGAGGUGCUUUGCUGAUAAUAUACUAAUAUUAAUCGAGUCAUGUUGGUGUAUGUGAAGUGAUAGUAGUGAAUUGGGACAUGAAGCACGCUAGAGGAUAGAACAGACAUCGGAGACGGGCGAGACAUUGACUUAGAAACGGCAUAUAUUGUGAUACAGACCAAGAGAAGCGAUUCAGCUAAUACCGAGCUCGGUGAAGUGUUAGAAUCUGAUAUUCUGAAGUAGCGAGAAAACACAUUCUUAUUUUCAUAACUACCGUAUAUAGCAAUUUUAUCGAAGAGGCAAACUUUAGAAGUUAUGAAAAGGAGGCUGCGGUCUUUGCUUAGGGUUAGCAUAUAUAAUAUUCAGAGCUCAUAAGAUGAGAUGUUCUACCGAGCUAUCAUAUACGUUCUUAUAUCAUAACCGCUGGACGUCAGUGUUUAUCUCUUGGCUUAUAUAGGCGGGGUCUAGUUGUACUAUUGCCUUCUAAUGGCUCUAAAACUAAUAAGUUUACUUAACCGCGUUCGUGGUUUUGCAGACGCGCCUGAAUCAACAUUCCCGUUUUUUGAGCUCCUUUUUUUUUUUUUUUUUUUCUUGCUUAAAUGUGAUCAUUUCUCGAAUCACAUUCGUCACUACCUAAUGUAGCAAGAUGGCCUCUCAACAGUCUACGAACACUAGAAUCGGGGGCUCUG